UCUAAACUCAACCAGUCGGGAUUCAACUCUGGUUUUAAGCGUUUCAUGUUCGUGCGAUCGAUCGGUUCCAUGUUAAUUUCCAACAACCGGCCGGGCACCCAUUCCAUACAAUUUAUAAUAACCAGUUUAUGAGUGAAUUUAAUUAAAAAGGAAAAUGCCAAUUUAAGUGAUACGAGAUAUUAAUCUUCUGUUGUGCAAUCGAAUUUAAGUGCAUUGACACAAUAAUAAUUGAAAAUUAUAAACAAUAUUAUUUAUCAAUGCGAUCACACGUAAUCGAUCUUUUAUGAGUAUUGGCGCAGUAAAAACCGCACCAGUGUGACACUUUAUAAGUGUUAGAAGUUGCACGAGUUUGAGUCAAUUUAUUUGAAAUUUUAAAUUAUUUCUGUUAAACCGGUAAAAGAAAUUUUACCAUACAUACGUAGAUGCGUUACGUAUACAUGAACACAUUUUCUUUGGAUUAAUAGGAUAAAUAUAUAUAACUUAUGAAAGAAGAUUAAACAAUGAAAUGGCUAAAAAUGACAUAGUACAAAUUUAUCUAAUUAAUGAACAUACUUCAAAUUUAUAUUAAAAAAGUCAAUAUUCAACCAAAUUAAGUACAAAUAUACAAAAAAAAAAAAACAAAAUGGCCACUAAACCAGAUCAGGAUGUCGUUGAUAAGGUGAAAAAUGGCGACAAUGAAAAAUACAAUCAGAAACUAGAUGGUAAUACAGAAACACUGCCACUUACAACUAAUAAAACGAAAGCAGAAGUAGAAUCAAGAGAUGCAGAGUCUGGAAAAACUCGAAGAGGUCGAUUAUCAUUUGACGCCUUAAUGCAACUUUCACCCAAGCGUCGACUACUUUACAUUGCAACAGCCAGUUUAUGUGCCUUACUUUUAGUUAUAAUUAUAUUUUUGAUAGCCUUUUGGCCAGAAGUGCCAUUCUACUUGAAAGCAGAGCUUUGUGUGGAUAAAGAAUGCGUUUUAGCAAGUCAACAGAUUUUACUUUGGUCAAAUAUUUCAUAUAAACCCUGCCAAAACACCUACAAAUGGGCUUGUGGGAAUUUCCGGAAAGAGUAUGAAGAAAAUGAUUAUUUUGUGAUAAAAAGAGGAGAAUGGGAUUAUCAAACAUAUAAUGAGUAUGAAGAACUUAGUGAAUUAAACCGUUUUAUUUCAAUGCUGCCAACAUCUAGUCAAUCCUACUCGGCCGAGUCAAUGAUAUCAAAUCUCUAUAAGUCGUGUCGUGAAAUCGAUGCUUUAGAUAAAAGUCAGUCCAAUAUGCUACUGCGACAAGCGAUAAAAUCAGUUGAUGGUUGGCAAGCACUUCGAGAUGGAAAUCGUCUUCAGUUUUGGGAAUAUCGUAAGGCAUUGGUUUAUGCUCAAACACAUCAUGGAGUCUUUCCAUAUUUCAAGAUGUCUGUGGAGAAUAGAUAUACUGAACCCUAUGACUACAUAAUAACUUUAGAUGCGGGAGAUGUUGGAUUGCCAGAUGAGUUCUUUUACAAUGUUGACACAAAUGAUGAAGUUGUCGUUGCCUAUAAAAUGCUGCUUCGUGAUUUUGCAAUUAAUAUGGGAGUUGUAACUCAGGAAGCUGAACUUUUUGCAGAUGAAAUAUUUCACUAUGAGAAACGUAUUGUAAAUAAUAUUCUCUCAGUGCAGUCAUCUAGUCAAAGGAGACUGAAUGAAAUUAAAACAAUUCAAGAAAUUAAAAAUAUAGCUCCUUCGCUUCCAGUAUUUGAGUCACUUCAAGCCAUAUUUCCACAAAUCAAAAUAACCGAUGAUACAGAAAUUCUAGUUCGUGAUGUUGAUGUUUUACAUGAGAUGUCAAUUGUGGUUUCAACAUCUGAUAAAAAGCCUCUUAACAAUUUCAUCAUUUGGUCGUUGGCAAGGAAAAUACUCCCUCAUCUGUCGAAGGAAUAUCGGAUUCUAAUUGAAAAUUUCGACGAUGCACUUUAUGGAAAGACAGCAAGAUAUCCUCGUUGGAUGGUUUGUGCGAAAAUAGUACGAGACUGGUUACCAUUUUCUGUUGAUGCUUUGCGGGAGAAUCCAAACUUACUCAAAUUUGGAAGUGAUAGUCAAAUGAAUAUUUUCCGACAAAAAUCAUUUACAUUCCCCAAUAAAACCUACGGAAAUGAUGAAUUUAUGCAAUUGAUGUUCUACACACUUCGCAAUCAAGUGGCACUUUCCAUUGUAGAGGCCAACUGGAUUGAACCAUCAUUGAAGAACUUUAUUUAUGACAAGUUGGCAUCAACACGUCUUCAGAUUGGAAUUCCUUCUGAAAUUCUUCAAACAAAAGCAUACAUCGAUGAAUAUUACAAAAGUUUGAUGCUGUACAAUUUAUAUUUUGUUGAACAUUUGGAAUCAAUUUGGAAAUUUAGAAAACUAAGAUUACAAGAUAAAUUGAAAUCACAAAGCAUUAUUGAUAUGAUUAUAUUGGAGAUGUACGCUACCGAUAACGUUAAACCUGUUACUUACUCUACGACAUUGAAUAUGAUUUUAAUAUCAAAACAGCUUUCCCAAUCGAAAUAUUACGACUACAGAUUCCCAAUUCCAGUAAAUUUUGCUCGAGUUGGAGCUGACAUAGUUGAAAAACUCAUCGAAACGAUAUCCAUAUUUGAAAAACAAUAUAGAUUCAGUUCAAAAUCAUCAGACUCCAAUGAAGAGAGUAUUUUUAAAAUCAAUACUCAAUGUAUAGAGAACGACGUAAUGGAUAUUGAUUUAUCUGAAAGUUCCUUAAGCUCCUUCCAUACAAUCAUGAGUGCAGCUAGAAUAACCGCAAAAGCCUUAACAAGAUUUAUUGAGUCGAUAGAUAGCGCUGCUCCAAUUACUGGAGCUUCAAUUGAUCCUAGUUUAACAUACGAAAACCUACAGCUUACUAAUCGUAAACGACUUCCUGGACUUCGAUCACUGAAUGAAAACGAACUUUUCACUCUAGCCUAUAUGCAAAAGCAUUGUAGUACACCAAUUGCAGACAAGGACUAUGCCAGAAUAAAACCACAUGUUGAGAAAAAACUUGCGGAAAUGUAUUUAUUCAAUGCCACAUGGAGACAUAUUCAAUUCCUACCAAGGUCAUCAAGUUGUUCUGUUAAUGAAAAUACAUGCACAAAUAUUUUAUAAGAAUACAAAAUUUUGAAAAUGGUCAGUUUAAACUAUUGUUUAUUAUUUUUUUUUCUGGUUUUAAUUUAACAAAAAAAAUGUCUACAAAAAAUUUUUAAGUUUUAAGUUAUUUUAUUAUUAAAAUUAUGUAGUUUUUAGGUAUUUAAAAAAAAAAUUGUUAAUGUAUUCAUAGAAUUUAACUAUCAAUAUUAUCAAAGUCGCUACUAGGUAUUAAGUUGUCUUAAUUAAAAUAGGGUAAGAAGAAAAUGGCCAUUUAUAAAAAUCUAAGUUGACUGAUAUCCAAUUGGAAAUUG